CCACCGGGUCCCAGAGGAUGGCUGUUUAUUGGGAACUGGUUUGAGAUGCCUGCGUUCAAGCCUUGGUUGGGAUUUCGAGACAUGCGCGCGAAAUAUGGUGACAUGGUGUAUCUGCGGAUCUUGAACCAACAUAUACUCGUCGUCGGGAGCGCACAGCUUGCGACAGAGCUUCUCGAGAAACGUUCGGCGAACACUUCGGACAGACCCCCGGAUGUGGCUCUCGAGCUG